GCGUUUUUUCACGUUUCUGAGAAGCGAAGCUAGCUAGCGACAUCUAGUUAGUUAGCUAAUUGGCUAAAGUUAGUCACUUAACUAGGUCAGGGAGCUAAUGCUAACUAGUACGAGCUGAGAGGGAAAUAAAAGCUUCCCCGUCUCGAUAUGCAUGGGUCACUUUUGAGGAUUUUUAUAGUGAGCUUGUCCAUUUCGCUGAGGCGGUCAACCAAGUUGAACGUUCCCUUUCUCCUUCUGCCUUCAUCCUAUGAGCCGGUCAACUUCACUCUGAGAGCAGAGAAAGGCUGCUACAAAUGGGUGUCCUCUAGGCCCGAAGGGGUUAGGGUGUACCCCCUCUCCUCGUCCAGUCCUCCCAUCUUGCUGCCUCUGUCCUCCUGCAGUCAGUAUGCCCUGGUGUCAGCCCUGUCUGCCCCACAUUCACCCCAGAGCCGUGGAGCUGCCGUAGUGCAGGCACAGGACGCCGUGACUGGACAAACUCUACACUGUGAUAUCAUCACUGAUCGGAUCCAGAGCAUUCAGAUAGUGACGAUAACCAGACACCUUUUCAUCAACGACACACCUCUACUGUUAACUGUGCAAGCAAUGGACUCAGCAGGAAACACUUUCAGCAGUCUGGCGGGGCUCAAGUUUGACUGGCAGCUGUUAUCAGAGGCAGAUACAAGAGAGAUAGGGAGGUUUGUACGUUUCUCGGACACCAGCUACAGCCCUGACCUUCACAUCUUGUCUCUGGAGGAGCUGGGGCAGAGAGGGGACAGUGUGCUGCUGCAGGGCGUCCGCAGUGGCUCCACACACGUACAGGUCUCCCUCCAUCUCCCUGAGCAUAAGCAGGUAGUGGAAGCCAGUGUGAGUUUAUAUGUGAUGGACAGACUUUAUCUGAGCCCAGCUGAUGAUGUAUACCUUCUUUUGGGUUCAAUGAUCAAGUACAACGUACAGAGAAUUCAGCAAGAGGGAGACAAAGAGGUCUCUCUUUCUGAAAGUGGUUAUAUGCUGGUUGUCGAGGGAUCAGCAAAUGAAGACGGUGAUGAUGUCGUCAGUGUUGACCAGGACACAGCCACACUGACUGCGAUGCAACUGGGCCAUGCUACUGUAACACUUAAACAUCAGACUCUGAGUAUAAAAGAGGAAGAGGACAGGUGGGUGUUGGAGACUGGGCGUCAGUAUCAUUUGAUGGUUCAGGUUCGUGACAGCGCAGGCCACGUGGUUCAUCUGUCACAGAAUGUGAUGAUGGUGGUGGAGCUGUGUGACAAAUUUGCAGUAUUGGACUCUUCCCCUAAUCUCUCCAGCCACCUGGUGCAGACUCGCGCAGCAGGACGCACCUCAAUUUUUGCCAUGCUGUCUGGCCUGCUUAGCAAAGAUGGUGAAGUACAACCCCUCAUUCCACCAAUCAGAGUGCAGCAGGAUGUGGAGAUCUAUGAGCCCCUCACUUUGCUGCCUUCUGUGCUUGUGUUUCCCUGGCAACCCAGAAAUGAGCAGUAUCAGUACAAGCUACAGGUGCGUGGGGGUAGCGGCUCUCUAAACUGGGAUGUGUCUGACAGUGAAAUUGCGACAGUGACUGUAAAUGGCACGGUAUUAGCAGGAGAAAAGAGAGGCCAGGCUCAUAUUGAGGCAUCGGAUGCCAGAAACCCACUUCACAAAGCAUUUGGACAGGUGCUGGUUGUGAGGCCUGUCUGGCUGAAGCUGAUGCCCGAGCAGGGUGACUGUAAAAUUGGGGAGAAGAUAGAUCUUCCUCUGGCUGUUUGGGGGACUCAGGACACAUUCGAUACACACUCUCAGGGACACACAAACCUCAAUAUGCAUCAUGAUGCCAACACAUACCCUCAGUCUGACACGGCCAAGUCAUCACAAGCCUGGAAUGGAAGCUUUCUGUCAGUUCUAGACUGCUCUCACCUCUCUCUGCACGUCCACACCGAACCUGCUGGAGUCUUCACACUCACAUCAGGGUCUGUAUCUCCUGGUAGUGGCUUCUGUGGAGGAGUGUGUUUAGAGGCUGUGGCACAGGGCCACACACAUGUGACUGUUACUGUUGAAACAGACAGGAUCAACAUCAGUGCCUCAGCAACUCUGGCUGCCUAUAGUCCCCUCAGGGCUUUGGUCUCGGAGGUUCUUCUUACUGUGGGCUCCUCUCGUCUGCUGGUGUUUGAGGGGGGGCCACAGCCGUGGCCGCUGGCCCCAGCCCGCUUCUUCAGCAGCGCCCAAGCACAGCCAGAAGGUGGCCUCACCGUGGAGGAACUGAGUCUGACAGAAGUGAGGCUUGCUCGACAUGCAUACCGUGUCAUGUGCAUCUCACUAGGAGAACAGUGGUUGGUGUUCAGGUGUGGUAAUGCUCCUGGUCCACUGAAUGAGGAACCCUCAGUAGAGGAGAGCAGAGUGAGGGUUGAGUGUGGAGUCCCAACCAGUCUCUCUCUUUCUCCUCUUCCCUCCUCUUCUCCUUCAUCCAUCCCUCUAUCCACACACCAUUACUCCUGCCCACAGUUGCAGUACCCCUCCAGUCUGUUCUCAGUAUCGAGCACUAGAGGGACAGUGUUGCAGUUAUCCGUGUUUGACCAGAAGCAGGCACAGUUUGAUAACUUUACUUCCUGCCCAGUGACCUGGAAGAGCUCUGACCCAACUCUUCUCUCCCUCCUGCCACAGUCCACCAUGACUCAGGAAGACCUGCUCACACAAACAGGCUACAAGCUGCAUGGUCACCAGGUGUUUCAGCCCAGUGGACAAACAGGAACCGUAACUGUGACUGUAACCCUUGGUUCUUCUGAGGUGUGGGGGGCAGUAGUCUCUGUCAAUUUGCGCUUGGUGGAAGAUGUUCAGUGGGCCCCCCUCUCUGUCACCCUCUACAAUCAUCCCAAAGUCACUAUAUCCCCUCUUCGUCCUGGUUUUUCGUCUCUCCUGGUUCAUGACCUAUGCCUUACUUCUCCUGAGACUGCUGUGGCCACCGUAAUCGUCUCUGACAUCUCAGACUUUCAGAUUGACUUCAUGGACAUAGUUGAGGUGGGCCGUACUGCUGUGGUGCGAGUGCGUGUUCUGGACUCUGAGAGGCAGCCUUUCCUCCAUUACUUUCUCAAGCUCAUGCAUCUAAAACUCAUUCCCUCCUCUUCCAUUGUCACUGUGGAGGAGGUGGGGCCAGUGGACAGGCACUCUGUGGGUUUCCAUGUGUCAGGCCAGGUGGUGGGCAUGGUCAGUCUACAUCUGUCAGCAGUGGACAGCAAUGGAAAUGUCAGAAGCUCCUCCCACAAGUAUUUGCAGGUUUACCCUCGGUUCAGCCUGCAGCCACGCAAACUCGCUCUUGCAUUGGGUAGUGUGCGGCAGGUGAAAUGGGAGGGUGGACCCCAUCCUCAGUCUAGCAUGGGGUUCUUGGUCAGCGACAGCCGCAUCGCCAGUGUAACAGAGGCAGGACUGGUGAGAGGUUUGGCUGUGGGUGUGGUCAGGCUUAAAGGCGCUCUUCAGACUGUUACACAGGAUACAGGAGCACUGCUUACCUUUGCACAGGAUGAAGUGGAGGUAGAGGUGUUCAGCCUCACUGCUGUGAGAAUCCAGGCUCCACUAGUGCAAAUGCCUGUGGGAACGGAGAUGCCAGUGUAUGUGAUGGGAAGUGACAGUGCUCAGAAUCCUCUAGCUCUGGGCAGCGUGGAGGAUGGACUCAGCUUCAUCUGGAGUCUGGGCAAGCUUGGGGUACUGGAGAUCCAGCCACGACACACACAGGCAGGUGUCAGUGUGUCGCCUUCACACAGUUUCUCAGUGCUGGUGAAGGCUUGUUCAGCAGGCAGGACCAGUCUCAAAGUGUGUGUGCAGCCCACUAACACCUCACUCUCAGACCAACUCACUGAUGAGAUACAGAUACUGGUGUUUGAGGUGAUGCAGUUAAAUGCUGGAACAUCCACAUCCGUUCUCAUGUCUCCACACUCCCAAUAUGUCUUGCAGAGCAACAAGCACUCUAUCUGCCCAGUGCGCUAUUCUCUCUGCCAGUGUGUGUCAGGGGCAGGGCUUGUUACUAUUGAUGACAAAGGUGUGCUGAGUGCAGGGCCUGAUACCGGAGUUGCCCUUUUGGAGAUCAUUGCAAUGGAAGAAUGUGGCAUCAACCAAACUCUUUUAAUCACUGUGAAGGUGUCAGCAGUGUGGUUUGUGCGGGCGGUCUCUGAGUCAUCUCUGCACAGCGAGGGUGAUGGAGCUUUGCCUGCCUUCCCUUUGGGCUGGAGGAUACGCAUCUCUGCUCUGUAUUACGACAACUUAGGCCAGCGCUUCCAUGCUCACAAUACACUUACGCACAUCACCACCAACAGAGAUGACCUGGUGCAGGUGACUACAGACACAAACAGCCACUCAUUCUUGGUACAGACGGUGUCUCCUGGUUUAACUGUUCUGGGGAUUGAGGGAGACCACUCCAACCCGGCUCUGUGUGACUACACGCCGCUGCCGGUGCUGCCUGCCAUCUCGGCGCCUCCAGCAGUGCUGCGGCCUGGAGACACAGUCUGCUUCAGCUCACCUCUCACUGACCGCAGCGGUCAGCAUGGCACAUGGGAUGUGUCGUCCAGUCAGAUUCUUCGGGUGGACCCAGAAACGGGGGCGGCACUUGCAAAGAAUUCUGGGACAGUGGUGGUUUAUUACUGGCUGGAGGGAGGUCAGCAAGCUCUUCGCGAGGUGACAGUGAAGGCUGCAUCUGUCCCUACACUGUCCCCUCCUGAGAACCGGCUCCUAACUAACUGGCCACUGGCACCUGACUACAUUGUAGAGCUCAACACUAACAACUCAGCUGCUAACACAGCCCAGUGCUCACUUAGACAGCAGGAAUCUAUAGAAAAGACACUGCAGCCUGAAGCUGAGCUGUGUUGUAUUCUACACUUCAGCGCCCCCUACAAACAGCUUAACACACUGCAGGCUGUGUUCCACACUACACCUCUGUAUUAUAUGGACACUGCUCAGUACGGUUGCAGGAUCUCAGUGCAGCCUCAGUCAGACCCAGUCCUCCACCUCCUCUCCUCGCUCUCUUUCUCCAUCUCUCUCUCAGCUUCUCUUCAAGCCCAAUCCCCCUUGGCUGUUUUUCCCUUAUCUCCCCCUGCUUCUGUCCAGCUCCCUUAUGUGCCAGCCUUUCACUGCCCCAACACCCACAUAAACCUCACACCUCAGCAGCCUGUGGCUGAGAUCACUGUGACGGGCACCAGUGAGAUGCUAAAUAAUCUGAAAUUUCACUCAGACAACCCAGACAUCAUGCUGUCAGAGCCCAGCCUUUCAGCUGAGAAUCCAGCCCUCUGCCUUGUAUCAGUCUACUUGGCUGUCAUCCAGUCCACAGAAAAGGCCUCUCUUCCUGCCAGUAUUACAAUCUACACACCCCUGUCGCCCCAGACACACAUCGUCAGAGUGAGCAUCCUAAACGACAGCCAGACAGCGACAGGUCAGCUUGAGGUGUGGCAUGCCAGUCCUGUUCGCCAGUUGUUCGAUUUCCAGCUCAUUGUGCUGUUUGCCCUGUUUGCUGUGUUGGCUGUAAUUUCAGUCAUGUUCAUUGUGUACAACAGCUUGCUGCAUCGAUUGCAGACUGUACCUGUUGUCUAUACACCCCCCAGCUCUACUCUUCCAGCAGUAAAACAGCAGUUUUCCCCCUGGAUCAGUCAGUCACCACGGAUGGACAGAAUCCUGCACAGGAGACAGUGGCUCUGUGGCAUUUCCCAAGCUUCCCCUCCUCACGCACCUCCCUCUUUAAGGCUGAGCUCAUGACUGCUUACCUUUUAAAGAUAAAUUCUCUGAAGCACAA